AUGGAGCGAAUUCUGGAUGGUGUUCCUGGUGUGUGCUGUUAUCUCGGUGAUAAUUUAGUCACACGAGAGUCUGAUCAGGAUCACUUUCAGAAUCUACAGGAAACUUUACAGAGACUGCACCCGUCUGGUCUUCGGUUAAAGAAAGUCAAAUGCAAGUUUAUGAAGGACUCUGUGCAAUAUUUAGGCUACCGGAUUUCUGCAGCUGGUAUUCGAGCUGCCAGGGAAAAGAUAGAAGUAGUGCUAAAGGCUGCCACACCUACCAAAACAGGAGAGCUACGAUCGUGUUUGUUUCAGAGGACUCAAGACAAUGGAAAUGUGGAUGCUCUCUCUCGUUUACCUUUACUUUCUGGUGUUAGUGGCCCAGAAGUUAUGAGCAAUGCGGAAGCCAGCUUGUUUGACUUGUGUCAGAUAGGGACAUUGCCAAUUACAGCAAAGGAUUUGGCUCCUCAUAUUCGUAAGGACUCGAUGUUAGCCAAAGUUAUCUAUUAUGCAAAUGAGGGGUGGCCUAGCAGUAUGGAUCGCUCAGAUCCUUUUUAUCCUUAUUUCUGCAAGAAAAAGGAACAGUCUGUGGAGUGUGUUUUCUAA